AUGGGAGCCUGGGUACUGCUUUCCUGUAGGGAGCUAUAUGUAUAUACCUCAACCUGAGCAUGUUAAUUUGGGAGAUGAAUCCCAUCCCUACAAUUAAAAGUGAACUGGAUCUCAAUCUUAGUGAUUGUGUUUGCAUAAUAACGCUCUACAUGCUUUCCUUCCUAAUUCCUCACCUAUUUUGCUUUAGCAUUGUGAAAGGCAGAAAAUAGUUGAGCCCAACAGUCUGGCUGGGAGCAAGAAUGAAGGGUCCUUCCAGAAUGCUCUGGUUCUCUUCCCCCACCGUGAUGGACCAAAAGCCUCACCCUGAGACACAAGAAGCUGUGACAUCCCUGCCUGAAGUCUUAGUUUGCAUGUAGCCAGCAUAGUAAAGCCUUGAGCUUUACUAUGUUACUUUAAAUAACAAUUUACAUAAUGUUUUGAAAUUAACCGGGCUUCCAAACAGUUUGCUUGAACAAAUUUAUUUAAAUAACACAACCUCUCAUUAGGUCUCUCCCACUUUACCUGACACAUACCUUGCUAGCAAAAAAGAGCAGCUUAAAUCCUAUUCGGAGAGCAGUAACAGCGCCCAGACAUAGCGCUGUCAGAAGGAUGCUGAUUUACAUCGUGUGAUCAGUAGGUCUGCUCUGACGGAUUGCGUAUUUUGUAUCUUUAUUAACUGCACAUCAUUUUCACAUUCUGUUCCAGUCAGCUUGUGACAGAUAACUGCUUUUUAAAAUCAGAUCUCGAGGAAAAGAAAUGUCAAUGUGGAAAAAUAAAUACAUUACUCAAGCUUCUUGAAAGUAUUGAACUAAAUGACACAUCGACUUAAAUUGGUGAAAUUAUGGUGGGUAGCUUUAAAUAGAAAUGUUUUUGAAGUAGAAAUAUCACAAAGCAUUAGACAUUUUAUACAUUUGAGUUAAAUUACUAUUAGAAAAAUUAUUACUGUUACGUUUUCAUUACAUAUUGAGCUGGAUCUGUCUUCCUUUGAAGUCACCAGGAAUAUUAACAUCAAUUUAAUUAACUCAAAGGAAGACUUAGCCCAGAAGGAGUUAUUUUACCACAAAUAAAGGAGAAAAUGAAGUCUGAAGUCUUAGCUUUUCCAGCAAGGCACUGAACUCCGAUCCACAGAGAUACUUAGAUACCUAUCUUCCCCAAGACAGGAAAUAGGUAAGUAAGUAUAUUUAAGAGCCCGGAUCUCAUUAGCUCUGAUUCAUAUUGAAUACAAAGAGUAUUCACCAUUUCCCAGGAGAGAGAGGUGAAUAAUAGGUACAGCAAUGUGAGAAAGCAGCAAUACAAAAUCACAUUUAUAAAAAGGGUAUCUCAACCAUUGCAACUAUGAGGGCUGGAUUUGGUUUUCCAACGCUCAGUGUGAACUUAAUGCUGCUCUUCAGUAGCUAUGUGCUAUUAACGUAACUGUUAAUGAGCAUAUUGUCAGUGGAUUGCAUUCAGUCUUGCACCUUGUGUGGUACUUCUAACAGCCAUCUCCUCCAAAGUGACAUAGACAUGGCCAGCAAAGGUGCCACCAGCUGGAACACCUUAGUUAUAGCAAAGCUAAUCAGAGGCACAGUUACUUUAAUAGGAUUAUAGUCUAGCUCAGUAUCAGCAUAGAGACUGUGACUGCUCAGUGAACUGACUCAGAUUAAUAAUAGAUUACUCUUCUCGUUGCUUUCUUGAGUCUCAAUGGAAAACUAAAGUGUUGCCAGGGCAGCUUUCAAAUACCAGCCUUUAUUUCAUGCAUUAUAUAGAUCUAUGCAUGCCAAGGUGACACAGAAGUAUUAUUAAAACUUUUUAAUUGUUUCCAGAAAAACAGAUGAGCAGAAUGAAAGGAACGUCCCCCUCCCCAGUUGUAUCUGAAAUGAGACUGUGUCAGACAAAAUCUUUUUGUCUCUUUCAUUCACCUUCUGUCUGCAUCUGGAACUUGAUUUAAUCCAGGGUACGCUAUUUAAAUUCUGUCACCAUGGUAUAACUCCAGUUUUCUCCCUUUGUAUAUUUUGCAAGUCUUCCAUUAGUAAGAAAAUUGUUUUGCAGAUAAACUCUGAAAUGUCAUCGUAUCUCAAAUUACUUUCCUUGUGUGUUGUGUUUAUGGAGGUUCUAAAUUAUCCUCUUCACACAUUAUUCUCUCCCACUCAAAACCCCACAAAAUGAACCAUGGGAGGAAAUUUUCCUGGAGAUCCUCAAAUGCUAUCCCAGUGGAGCCUGAGGUUCAAACUCAAUUGCUAGAGAAUAAACCUUGUGGUGUGCCCAAACCCUGCAGCUUUCUAGGAACACGAAGCCUUAGCGAUUUACCACAAGGUCACAGCAAACUCUUCAAAGAUUCUGUGUCCCCAUAAGUGUGGCUCCUGUUGGCUUCAGCUUGAAUUCACCAUAUUUGCGUUACAAAGGUUCUCUGUAGGCAGAGAUCUCUGAAUCUCCUUUGCUGUAAAUGAACAGUGUAACUCCUUAUCUACUAAGUCCUUUUACUGAUUGGCUUUCUAGGAAAGUUCUAGCACAGGAUAUAAAGAUGUUCUAUGGUAGGAAACAAGAGAUGAGUUGCCUUAAUGAUGUCCAGGCAGCUUUUGGAGAUCUCCAAGGAGGAGACCCACAAUCUUCUGCAUGAGUAGUCCAUGAUCUCAAGGUGUCGGUGUAGCCGGCAAAACGCACAGCAUCCUUUGUGAAACCUCUCCUGAGCAUUUCAGUCAUGCUACUGCAGGCGUUCCUGCAUCAAACCCACAUUUUAGUUUGCUGGAAUCCAGCUGCAACGUAGGUUCUUUUUUAUGAUAUUUAAAGCACCAUUCAGAAUGUAGAUGAGGUGGCUGUGCUAAAGAAUAGCUUUAUCAGCCUCAGUAAAAUACAUCCAGAAGACAGCAAAGCAGCUAAAUGGCCUUAUUUUAAAGCAAAACAAAAAUGUCUUAUUCAGGCUCUGCAAAUUCGUGGAGCUGCUGGGAUUAUAUUUUAAUGUAAUCUACUCAUUCAUAACUACCAUGGGUAAAAAGCUACUGCUAUCCAGGAAAGAAUAAUCCUGCAGCCACUUUGGGGAAGUGAAUAGUCAGAACUGCAAGUGAGACAGGGAUGGCAGUUUGGCAUCUGAAGCAUGGCCUGGGCAUCUGUGUCAACAACUGGUAAGGUAAUAGCAAUGGAAAAUAUGCUUUCACUAUGAGCACAGACAGGGACCAAAAAUUUAGAAGUCUUGCAUAACAAGUGAUCUUCUAACCUGCAUAUUUAGCUUUUUUACCCUUAAAAAAAUAAUAAUUUUUACCUAUUCCAGUCAUCACUGCUGGCUUGUCCUCAAUGAAGAUAAAAUAUUCUUAUUUAGAUUGAAAUGUUCAAGAAAUAAUCUACAAAAUGAAAUGGCUGUAAAUGAGAACACAGCAUGAUUACUGUAUGUAAAUCUGGGAGGUCCCUAGUGGUGAGUACCACCUUUGGUAAAAAACACCUCAAGAAAGGACAUUAAAACAAUUAUUCCAGCUGUGAUCCAAUGAGGAAUCUCCUUUUGACAGGUAGUAUUAGAAACAUACAUGAAAUGUAUAUAAAAAGUAUUAUAUGAAGUAUUUGUGGGCAAUAUUGGCAGUUGAUGGAUGGUUGAAUUAGAUGAUCUUAGAGGUCUUUACCAGCCUUAAUGAUGCUAUGAUUCUAUGAUUCUAGAGUUCAGCCAAAGAUACAGAAUGCAUAUAGUUGUCUUAAACCUUUAGCUGUAGUUAUUACAUCAAUCAGCUGAAAACCUUCUUUGCCCAGGUAUAAGUUAUUCACAUUAGUCAGAAAUUAGUGUUUCUCUGCAGCUGCAAAAUCUGACCCAGUAAAAUGAACAUUAAUCAGAUGGCUGCUUUGAGAAUACUUGUCGUCUUCAUUUUUUCUUUUAUUUCACCUUCCUUCAUCUUCCUAUAAUUACUAGCAGAACAGAAUAUAAUUUCUCUUUUCUACCUUCAUUUCAUAGCCACUGGGUUCUUAUAUCUCUGAAACAUAGUGUCCAUUGGAGAUUGCAAUCUGCUUUGUGCAGUUCUCGGAUAUAUUAAAUCUUCUUUUACCCUUCAAAGGCUGAUUGAAAGAAGUGUUAGGUCAUUAUUUCAGGCUGUAGUUUAAUGCUUAGGUUUAACAGUAUAUGAUCUCUCUCCACUAUUCACCAAAGACCUUCAUCCACUGAAGGUCAAGGUAUUAGAAUGCUAUUUUUAAAGACACACCCAGCAGUAAAGAGUUAAAAAUAGACUCCUACAAAAACGUCCAGUAAUUGGUUAAACCUUGUUAGGCAUCACAUGAAGAUGAUAACUCCUCCCAGGAAAAGACAUAGCAAAAGCAGCUUUGAUGUGGAUUUAUACUUAGAAGAGCAGCUGCAGGCUUACUGGGAAGGAGUUCACGAGACAGGCUCUUCGACAACUAUCAGAAACAAAACAGCUUCAUUCUGCAAAGAAAGGGAAGGAAAUAAAAGACAUUUGUUUUCCUCAUCAUGAUCUGCAAAUGAAUUCUGUGGAUUCUCAUCUUUGGAACAAUCACCAAUAGACAGAGAGCUUAAAAAUAUGGAGCUGGGAAAGGCAAAACUGUUGAGAACUGGCCUCAAUGCUUUAUACCAAGCCAUCCAUCCCGUGCACGGAAUUGCCUGGACAGAUGGGAAGCAAGUGAUACUGACUGCUUUAUACUAUCAUCAUGGAGAACUGAAGUUUGGAGACUCAAGUGUUGUCGGUCAAUUUGAACAUGUGCAUGGGCUUUACUGGGGCCCGUGUUGCUCUACAGAGACCCCAGCUCUGCUCGCUGUUCAGCAUAAAAAACAUGUUAGUGUUUGGCGGCUGGGCUACAGCACUGCUGAGAAGAACAAGCCCUUGAUUUCUCAGACUUGUGAAAUCGGUGAGCCGUUCCCAUUGCUUUCCCAGGGCUGUGUAUGGCAUCCAAAGAAGGAGGUCUUGGCUGUCCUUACAAAAAGAGAUGCUUCAGUCUUGCACACUGUUCGUACGGACAAUACCAGAGUUAAGGCAGAUAUCAAAAGCAGUGGGCUUAUUCAUUGUGCUUGCUGGACUAAGGAUGGUAAUCGCUUGGUAGUUGCUAUAGGCAGUUCCCUGCAUUCCUAUAUAUGGGAUGAUGCUCAAAAAACCCUAAAUGCCUGCUCCUUUUGCCCAGUCUUUGAUGUGGGAGGCUAUAUCUGUGCUAUAGAAGCCACACUGGAUUUCCAAAUUGCUGUAGCUACUGAGCUUCCUUUAGAUAAUAUCUGUGGUUUGAACGCAGGCAUUACAUUUGAUAUGCCAUCUGGUGCUGAAACUGGUUCUUUAACCUCGCAGUCUACUACAGCACUUGGUGAUGAGGAAUACUCCAUGGACCUGCGAAGGAAGUCCACAGAUUCAGAUAGAUCAGGCACUGUUGAUUCUGUAGCUUCUUCUUCAUCAGGUCCUUUGGAUUUAACCCACAUCCUCACAAACCACCGUCGGUCUGAUCCCAGUCCUCUCAUUACUCUGAAACGCAAAGACUCUGCAGCAACAAAUGGUCAAGAUUCUUCUUACCUGAUCUUGGUGACUUUUGAAAGGAAGGUAACCACCACCAGAAAAGUCAACAUCCCAGGUAUCCUGGUUCCUGAUAUAAUGGCUUUUGACCUCAGAGCUCAGAUUGUGGCAGUAGCCUCUAAUACUUCUAACAUUGUUUUGGUGUAUUCAGUAACCUCUUCCUGCAUGCCCCAUAUUCAACAAAUUCAGCUGGAAAAAAAUGAAAGACCAAAGGGCUUAUGCUUUUUGACAGAUAAACUCCUACUGAUAUUAAUCGGGAAGCAAAAGUUCCCUGAGCCGAGUCUUAUUCCGUCUUCAAGUUCAGACAGGUAUGUAAUGCGCUUGAUGAUCAAAGAAUUGAUGCUGGAAGAAGAUGCUUCAACACUGCCAGACACUAAGCAGCAUAUGCUUUAUAACUUUGUAUCGUCUGUGAACAUACCUGGAAAAAGAAAGUUCUUUGAAAACCUUGCCACAGAAGACCAACAUCAAAGCAGAGAUCUAUUAAUACCACGAAGCACAGUUAUUCAAUCUCCCAGUGGCAGGAGAAGACUCAUCGAAGAAGUGAAGAGCCCUAGUUAUGAGCAGAGCUCUUCAUCAAGUGUUAGUGACUUGGAUGAGAAAAAGCUCCCAGGUGACCCCUCCGUUGCCUUGGAAACUUUGGAUGCUGAACCUAUCAAUCGUUCAAUGGCUCUUCUUGGUUUUGGAACAGCUACCAGGCUUUCCAGCAGACCAGCUUCUCCUAAAGUGCAGUUCAAUGUAAUUGAAGAAACAUCAAAUGCUCCUAAAAACAACAAUUUGCCAAAUGAAAGAGGAAUGAGUCACAUAUCUAGAAAUUUAGAGAGACUUUGUGGCAGUUUCAAUGACUUACAACUGAGUCUAUCUGAAAUAACAGACUUUGCUAAAAAUGGGAGAAGGGUAUCUUUAGCCUAUCCCAGUUCACAAGAACCACCGGUCAUUCAUAUCACUUUCCAGAAAAAUUUUUCAAAUGGAGCACUUACUGAAGAAACAAAAGAUGUUCUCCUCUGUGAUGGCAAGAUCCAUUUGAAUUUAGUCCAGCAGCUGUUUGACCUGACCAUUAUUGAAAUGAAACAUGGCUCUUCUUGGAUCGUGCUCACUGCAGACAAGGACGGCUUUGUGCCAUUAAUAUUCAAAGCAAGACAGGAGGUAAUCAUAAGGGAUGGAACUGACGGUUCAGAAGUCUGCGGAGGUCACUCCUACAAAAAGGGCAGUUUAAUGCAGCCACCAAGCAGAGUGACAUAAGUGCUCACCAAAGAACACUAAUGAUCCUUUUCUUUUUCUAAAGCAAUACAGAGAUGUUCUGUGGUAUCAGACAC